AUUAUAAAGAAUCACCUGGAGAAAAAGAAAAAGGAAGAUUUGUUAAUGUAUGCCAACUCUGUAAAGAAAAAAAUAUAACAGUUAAAUAUACACAUGACUCAUCAACAGGAAAUAUGCUUAGCCAUCUUUGGUUCAAGCAUCAAAUAGAUAAAGAACAUCCCGAUGGAACAAAUGCCGGUGGCCCAAUUGUCAAGUCAGAACGAAGUGAUCGCCUUGAUGGAGAGUAUUUGAAAUUAGUAAACUUAACUGAUAGUGAAUGGCAAUUGUUAGAAAAACUUAUUUGUUUGCUAAAGCCUUUCUAUAAUACUACUACUAUAUUUUCUGGCUCAACCUAUCUUACACUAAAUCUUAUCUAUCCCAUGAUGAGACUGCUUAUUAAAAAGUUUGUGCCCUCAGAUGAGCAAACUGAAGAUGAUUAUGCCGAUUUAUUACCCACGAAUAAAAAACUUAAAAUCUAUCGAAGAAAAUCUAAGAAGAUUUCAAAAAAUUAUGAGUUUACUGAGUCAUCUAGUAUGAUAGCUUCUAAUUCUGCAAUAACUAAUGAUUUAGUUCUAGACUUGUAUAAUAAUGAAAAAUUAGAUAAUGCUUAUAAAGAAACUGAGUUGAUUAUUAUCUUUAUGAACCAAUUCAAAAAAGAGAAUGUAAUUUAUUCAUGGUGGCAGAACAAUGCAGAAAAAUUUCCCACUUUAUCAAACCUAGCCUGGAAAUAUUUAUCAAUAUCAGCUAUAUCGGUUUCUUCUAAACGCUUGUUUUUAGAUACCGGGCAGUAUAUAACAGUAUUGCAUAACAGGCUUCAGCCUGAUAUGGUCGAACAAAUGUUGUUCCUCAAGCAUAAUAUGGAGCACUUUUCUAUUUUUAAGCUGGAUGAAGUAUGA